AUGGUACAGAUGACUAAACGUGGAAUCAGAACCAGACUGUCCUGUGACUUUACUCCCGGAAGGUUCACAGUGCUAUGUGGACGAGGCAAGGUGUACACUUCUUCGACCGGUAACCAACACUUGAAAUCGCUUGUCCACAAGUAUCUCAAACCAUAUUCCGAAGCCAAAAGCAAAAUGGCCAAGUCUUCGAUUGUGGCCGAGAUCAUGGGACAAAUCAAGGGUCUAUGCU